AUGUCAAAUCCAUUGAAAUUUAAACAAUCCAUCGCCUAUUGGUGUCUCGCUGAAACCGAAUGGAAAUGGAAUGUUGAACAAAUUUGUCAAUUGGCCGUUAGCCUAGACAUGAAAAGUAUCGAACUUGCACCAACAGAAACGUAUUCAAUCAUUAAGAAAUAUCAGUUAACAUGUGCACUUUGUUGUAAUGGGAUGCCUGGAGCACCGUUCAUGAAAGGAUUGAACAAUUUAAAAAAUCAUGAGGAAAUUCUUACUCGAACCAAAAAAUCUAUUGAUACUGCAUCUGAAUAUGGUUUUCCAAAUGUGAUUGCCUUUGUUGGAUACAAAUGGUUCAAUCCGGAGGAUCCUUCCAGUGGUGAAAUUUCGAUAAAUGAAUGUGUUGAAAAUUGCAUCAAAGGUCUUCGUGAAUUGUCUAUGUACGCAGCUGACAAAAGUGUAACAAUUUGUCUCGAACAUCUCAAUACACGUGACCGAUCGCAUCCAAUGAAAGGUCAUCCUGGUUAUCAGGGAGAUGACAUUGAUUUAUGUGCUAAUAUUGUUCGUCGAGUCAACUCUCCGAAUGUUCGUCUUUUGUUUGAUAUCUACCAUGUACAUAUUAUGCAUGGCGAUGUUAAUAAACAUUUACGAGAUCAUCACGAUAUUAUCGGUCAUAUUCAUACUGCAGGUUAUCCCGGUAGAAAUGAACUGGAUGGUAAACAGGAUAUUUACUACUCGGAUAUUGUAACAACUAUUCGAAAGAUUGGAUAUAAUGGUUAUGUUGGCCAUGAAUUCAUUCCAACUCGUGAACCUCACGAUGGAUUCUUUGCAGCAAAGAAAAUAUUCGAUGUUUAA